AUGAUGCCCCAGGCCCAGGCAGUCUGCUCCCUGUUCCUUCUGCUGCAGACCCUGGCUGAGCCCACUCUAAACCCCGACUUCCACCUGGCUGGGGACUACCUGCUGGGUGGCCUCUUCUCUCUCCAUGCCAACAUGAAGGGCAUCGUCCACCUCAACUACCUGCAGGUGCCCAAGUGCAAGGAGUACGAGAUGAAGGUGAUAGGCUACAACCUGAUGCAGGCCAUGCGCUUCGCGGUGGAGGAGAUCAACAACCACAGCCGCCUGCUGCCGGGCGUGCUGCUGGGCUACGAGAUGGUGGACGUCUGCUACAUCUCCAACAACAUCCAGCCCGUGCUCUACUUCCUGUCCCAGGAGGGCUACUUCCUGCCCCUCCGGGAUGACUACAGCAGCUAUGUGCCCCGUGUGGUGGCCGUCAUCGGCCCUGACAACUCGGAAUCCACCAGCACUGUGGCCCACUUCCUCUCUCUCUUCCUCCUUCCUCAGAUCACCUACAGCGCCAUCAGCGAUCAGCUGCGCGACAAGCUGUUCUUCCCCGCGGUGCUGCGCACGGUGCCCAGCGCCGAGCAUCAGAUCAGGGCCCUGGUGCAGCUGAUGCUGCGCCACGGCUGGAACUGGAUCGUCCUCCUGGUGAGCAGUGACGACUAUGGCCGCGAGAACGGGCAGCAGCUCAGCGAGCAGCUGGCGGACCGGGGCAUCUGCAUCGCCUUCCAGGAGUCGCUGCCCACGCCGCAGGCCAACCUGGUGGUGGAGGCGCCGGAGCGCCAGCGCCUGGAGUCCGUCGUGGCCAAGCUGCGGCAGAGCUCGGCGCGCGUCGCUGUCCUGCUCGCGCCGGACCUGACCUUACACAACUUCUUUGGCGAGGUGCUGCGCCAGAACCUCACGGGCAUGGUGUGGCUCGCCUCCGAGUCCUGGGCCAUCGACCCGGUGUUGCACAACCUCACCGAGCUGCACCGCACGGGCACCUUCCUGGGCGUCACCACGCCGAGCGUGCCCAUCCCGCGCUUCAGUGAGUUCCGCGUGCGCCGCGCCCAGGCGGGGCCGCCCGCGCCCAACCAGACCAGCCCGCCGGCCACCUGCAACCAGGAGUGCGACACUUGCCUGGACGCCGCCCGGUCCUUCAACGCCAUCCUCACGCUCUCCGGCGAGCGCGUGGUCUACAACGUGUACGCCGCAGUUUACGCCGUGGCCCACGCUUUGCACAACCUCCUGAGAUGCAACCAGACCGGCUGCUCCAAGGAGGCGGUGCACCCUUGGAAGCUACUCCAGGAGCUCUGGAAGGUCAACUUCACCCUCCUGGGCCACCAGAUCUUCUUCGAUGAGCAGGGAGACCUGCCCAGGGGCCUGGAGAUCAUCCAGUGGCGAUGGGACCUGAGCCAGAACCCCUUCCAGAGCGUUGCCUUCUACCACCCCAGGCAGGAGCAGCUGGUGCCCCUCUCCCCCAUCAUCUGGAACACGCCUAACAACACGAUCCCCUUGUCCGUGUGCUCCAAGAGCUGCCAGGCCGGCCAGAGGAAGAAGCCCGUGGGCAUCCACCCCUGCUGCUUUGAGUGCCAUGACUGCCUCCCUGGCUCCUUCCUCAAUCAGUCAGCUGACGAAUUGGAUUGCCAACCCUGCCCGAAGUACCAGUGGUCCCACAGGAACAGCAUCUCCUGCUUCAAGCAGCGCCUGGCCUUCCUCGAGUGGCAGGAGGCGCCCACCAUCGCCGUGGCCGCGCUGGCCGUGCUGGGCUUCCUCAGCACGCUGGCCAUCCUGGUCAUCUUCUGGAGACACUUCCGGACCCCGCUGGUCCGCUCGGCCGGGGGCCCCAUGUGCUUCCUGAUGCUGACGCCGCUGCUGGCAGCCUUCCUGGCGGUGCCUGUGUACGUGGGGCCGCCCACGCUCCUCACCUGCCUCUGCCGCCAGGCCCUCUUCACCCUCUGCUUCACCGUGGUCAUCUCCUGCAUCACCGUGCGCUCCUUCCAGAUUGUCUGCAUCUUCAACAUGGCGCGCCGCCUCCCCCGGGCCUACGGCUACUGGGUCCGCUACCACGGGCCCUAUGUCUUCGUGGCCGUCGCCACGGCGCUCAAGGUGGUCAUGGUGGCGGGCAACCUGGUGGCCACGUCCGUCAUCCCCACCAUCCGCACGGACCCCGAUGACCCCAAGAUCAUGAUCCUCACGUGCAGCCCGAACCACAGCAAAGGCCUGCUGUUCAACACCAGCCUGGACCUGGUCCUCUCGGUGCUGGGUUUCGGCUUCGCCUACGUGGGCAAGGAGCUGCCCACCAACUAUAACGAGGCCAAGUUCAUCACCCUGAGCAUGACCUUCUACUUCAUCUCCUCCAUCUCCCUCUGCACGUUCAUGUCAGUCUACCAGGGGGUGCUGGUCCCCUUCAUGGACCUCUCUGUGACCGUGCUCAACCUCUUGGGGAUCAGCCUGGGCUACUUUGGUCCCAAGUGCUACCUGAUCCUCUUCUACCCCGAGCGCAACACGCCAGCCUACUUCAGCAGCAUGAUCCAGGGCUACACGAUGAGGAAGGAGUAG